AUGGAGAAGUCGCUGGAUCCUGAUCCCACGACGAAGGCAGCUUUGGACACUGCAAUGCUGCAAAUGAUCGAGAUGGACAACCCGAGUGGUUUCUUGGUUGAGCAGCUGCGCACCGAACUCAUCGACAGAUCGUUGCCAGACAAAGCAAGUUUGCUACAGUUCCUCAACACACCGAUUGAAGCACUGUUGGAAGGCACGUUGAGCAACGUGCCUGAGAGGCCUUUUGUAGCUGCCGCAAUCAGCUGGGUUACCUAUGCCUUCCGACCCCUCAGCAUCCAGGAAUUUGUUUUCGCAAUCAUCACCAGCAAUCUCGACAUAUCGGCGCCACGCGGAGAGAUACCAGGCGCUUCAGAAUCCGCGGGUGCCUACAUAGUGUCAGAAGUCAACACACUGUUGCCAGGAAUUCUUGCCUUGGAUUACGAAGUCCGCUUUCAACAUCAGCAACUCCGAGAUUUCUUCUUGAGUGCAGAGAACACCUGGUACGACAUCAACAAAACAGCCAACAAACUGAUAGCAGAGACAUGCCUCCAUUACCUUUCCUCAUCACAGUGUCAGGUCUCGUUGAGCCGUCUUUGCAUAGUCCUCCACGGCAUCUUAUCAACGCCAACCUUUAAACCUAAAGAUGAUCUUGCCGCUUACGCCGCCGAGAACUGGGUCAGGCACUACAAUCUCUCCCCAAAGUCAAAGGAUCUGACGGGCCUUGCGGAACAGUUCUUCCAGGACAGGACAGCUGUGCGGGCCUGGGAACAAGCCUACUGGUUCAUGGGGAACCCGGUAACAAGGACCGACAGGUGCUACGUCUCAAUCAUACCCCUCAUCGCCUCAACGGGCAUCCAGGACAUCUUUGAUUCAUACAAAAACGACGAGCCAUCUCGCCAAGCGUUAAUCGAGGCCGUCAGAAACGGACACCACCAGAAAGUCCAGCAGCUGCUCAACACCAUCGAAAUGGACAACGAGACGGCCGAGGCCACAUUGCUCGCAGCGUCCAGCCACGGGGACGAACAGUUCCUCAUGAACCUCGUCUCGCGCUUCCAAUCCCUCACCGCAUUCACUAUACCGCCACCACUCCUCAGCCGUGCCGCAUGGCUCGGCCAACACCGGCUAGCCAAGCUCCUGCUCGACCACGGAAUCGCCCUGACCACCUCCAACCACCUCUUCGGCGAAAACCCACUCCACCAUGCCUCCCGGCACGGCCACCUCGAAGUCGCCCAGCUCCUUCUCGCCCGCAACCCAACCCUGGUAUCCGUGCGCAGCGAGCACGGCAACGAGCACCUUUGCGACACCGGGCUCGACGACGUCGACCCCGCCCUGCUCGCGCAGCUCCCGCACUACCACGGCGAAUACCCUCUGCACCUCGCCGCGGCGGGCGGCCACGCAUCGCUCGUGCAACUACUACUCGCCCACGGCGCCGACAAAGACGCAUGGACGGAGCGGAUGGGCCGGCCGCUGGCCGCGGCGUGCGAGCGCGGGAUGCACGCCGCCGCCGCCGUGCUGCUGGAGGCCGGCGCGGAGGUGAACUUCGCGGUGCGGAUGGCGCGCAUGCCGCCGCUGGUGAGCGCGGCGGAGAAGGGGUACGGGGGCUGCGUGCGGCUGCUGUUGGAUCGGGGGGCGGAUGUGGCGCUGAGCAACUUUGAAGGGCCGGCGUUGUAUUUCGCGGCUGCCAACAGGCACGCUGCCGUGUGCCGGAUGCUGCUGGAACGGGGCGCGGACGCGAACUACUACUCGCGGGGUUCGGGGUCGGCGGUGGGCGUCGCGGCCGCGAAUAAGGAUCUGGAGACGGUGAAGAUGCUCGUUGAGCACGGGGCGGAUGUGGAUGGUGGGGCUGGCGACCACUUGGGUACCGCGCUCUAUCGAGCGAGCUUUGUCGGGGGAAGCGUGGACGUCGUCAGGUACCUGCUAGAUCACGGCGCGGAUGCGAACGCGGUCAGCGUUGGGACCGUCCCGCUUUGCAACGCCAUAUGGGCGGGAGACUUUGACGUCGUCCGCCUCUUGCUCGAGAGAGGGGCGGAUGUGGACAUCAAGAUGCGCGACGGAUGGACGCCUCUCCACGCCGCGUUCCGGAAUGCGGCUAUGACGAAGAUGCUUCUCGACGCCGGCGCCACCGUCGACAAUCACUUCGACGACAACGGCUACUCAGCACUCCUCCUAGCCACCUGGCACAACGAACUCGAAGUCCUCGAAGUCCUCGUCCGACACAACGCGCCAGUCGAUCUCCCCCACCACAUCCACGACGACGAAUACACCGUCCCGGACGACACGCCCACCACGGCGCUGUACUGGGCCGUACGCAGCGGCCACGUGCGCGCCGCCCGCAUCCUGCUGGAAGCCGGUGCAGACGUCAACUACCACUUCGACCGCGCCAGCGUCGUCCACGCCGCCGCCGAGGACGGCGGCGGCGAGGCGAUGCUGCGCAUGCUGCUCGAGUUCCAGCCCGACUUGGGGGUGCGGGCAGCGCUGUGGGGCGACACGGCGCUGCACUGUCCGGGGCUGCCCCUGGAGUGCGCGCGGAUCCUGGUUAACGCUGGUGUUGAUGUGCACGGUGUUAACGACCGUGGGUGGACGCCGCUGUGCUACGCUGUCAAUUCUGGUAAUCUCGACGUCGCGCGGUUCUUGCUGGGGAAGGGCGCGAGGGUCGAUGUGGCGACGAAGGAUGGCUCGCCGUUGCACUUGGCUUGUACGAGGGGCGAGGUUGAUGCUAUGAAGUUGAUGGUGGAGGCUGGGGCGGACGUGAGCAGGAACUAUCCGGAUGUGGGGACGCCUUUGUAUGUGGCGUGUGCGCGGUGGACGAUGACGAAGGCCUGGGUGGUGCACCCGUCGAGGGAACUGGAGGACCGGCGGUCGAGGGAGAUCGUUGAGUAUCUCAUGUGGGGCAACGGCGGAGAGGAGGAGAAGAAGAGGAAGAGGGUGGAUGUGAAUCAGCCGAGCGGUGGCGAUUUCGGCUUCGCGCUGAGUGCGGCGUGUGCGGUCGGCUCGGUGGCGGUCGUCGACGUGCUGCUCCGGGCUGGUGCCAGGGUUGAUGUUCAGGAUGUGUUUGGGCGUUUCCCGGUGCACCUGGCGGCAUAUUCGAGCGUUGAGAAGUUUGAGAGGAUGUGCAUGACGGAUGCAGAUCUGUACUGCCUCGACAAGUUGGGGCGAAAUGUCUUGCAUGUGGCUGUGCAGAGGGGGAAUGCAGCGUUGGUGGAGCGAGUGUUGGGAGUGACAACUGACCUGAUCAAUUCCGCCGACUGUCACGGGUGGACGCCGUUGCACUAUGCAGCCAGGGGCAGCUAUGCUUAUCCUUGGCAUGUCCGGAUGGAAUGGAGCGAGGAAAUCAUCCAAAUGCUGCUGGACAAAGCCGCGGAUCUUUGGGCCACGACCAACGGGUAUGAGCAGGAGUGGUCGCCAUUGAAGUUGGCAAGAUAUCAUGGAGCUGAUGAUGCAACUUUGAAAAUGUUCACACCAAUAGAGAAGACUGGCAAGGACGGAAGGCAGUGGGACGACGAGGGACAUCGGUCAAUGAAGGCCAACCGCACCAUGACGUCCUGCGAUUGCUGCUUAUUCAAUAUCCAGGGCCUUCGCUAUAAGUGUCAGAGAUGCGAAGAUUUUGACCUUUGCUACAAAUGCAAUCGGCAUGCCGCCAUGCUGCACCCAGGCCAUAAGUUCGAGGAGCUAGGACCUGAAUUCGAAUGGGAAAAGAGCCGUUCAUCGGAUCAUGACACGAGCGGUGAAGAAACAGAUGGCGAGGAUGAAAGUGAUGAGGAUGAAGGUGAGGAGGAUUCAGAAGAAGAAAGCAUCGAGAAUUGA